CCCUCUUCUCCACUUUUCUCUUUCUCUGCAAUGCAAUACAAUGCUCCGUUGCUUCCCUAUCAAAGCAACGCAGAGUCCUAACACCUCUCCAUCUGCAUCUGUAAACCCUAGCUUCCAUUUACCUUCUUCAUCUUCUACAAAUCCUAAUUCUCCUACACAAACCCAAUCAAAUCCACAGAUUUCAUUAACUGUUAAUCUCAGCACCGAGUAUAAAGAUUCAGUCACCACAGAAUCAUUCAAAGAAAUCUGGUCUACCAUCCAUCAACACCAGCACCCUCACCAAUCCGAAAAUGAAAACUCAGAUGAAGAAGAAGAGAGGGAAGAAAAAUCCCUAUUUGUUACUAAUUCAACUACCGAGUUAGUUGCCCAAGUUCUUCAACCUAAUAGAGAUUCAGUUAAUCAAGCUAUUCUGAGAGCUAAACCUUCAAAUCUUAGAAAUUUAGUUUCGUCUUACUUUAAUCAAAGUGAACGGACAUCUCGUCUGGUUUUCGAGCUUCACCAUAAUGUUGAUCAGGCUCGUUCUCUAUAUUCACCUCUACUUUCAUUGCUUGAAAUUCUUCCUUUAGAUUCACUCAUGUCUCAACCUCAAUGUGACUUCGCUUUCGAUGUUUUCAAUCAAUUCGAUAGUAAAGUGAACCCGUUUCCUGAACCUAAUUCAGAAAACUUUGAUGAAAUGCGUCGUUGUUUCUGUCAACUGAAAUUGCAGCUAGAUCGACGUCUAAUUAAAGCUCGAAAACAACUUCGUUUGCGCCGUAGUCUUUCAUUUUCUGUAUUGUCGUUCUUAAAUAACUCUCGUUUUUGUUUAUCGCCGAAUUUCGCUGAGAAACAACUUCAUCAUAUAGCUCAAAUUGAUGCUGCUUCUAAAGGUACCUAUGUGUUGAACAAUGAUCUGGACACAAUUGAUCGUCUUGUUACAAGAUUAUAUGGUGUGGUUGAGAGUGAUAAGCGGUUGAUUCGGAUGGGUUUAGAAAGAGGAAAAGAUCGAUAUCUUAUUCAAGAAGUUGUCAAGCAACUUCAUAAAAAUAAUUCCAAUUUCAGCAAUCAAUUGAAGGAUCUUGAAGAACAUCUGUGUCUAUGUUUUGCUACGGUUAAUAGGGCAAGGGGUCUUCUUUUACAGGAGAUUGAUGUUUCCUGACUUAAUGUAAGUUAAAAUUUCCAAAUUUAUCUGUUUGCAAGUGUUGUAGCUGUUUUUGUCUAUAUUGAGUUCAUAUACUCUUCCAUAAAUAUACAUUCUUUGUAGCAAACUUCAUUACUUUGAAAUUUGAAUGAGCAGAUGAUUUUACAAGAGUAUUUGCAAAUUUAUAUUGAGAAAUGUAACUCAUUUGAACCCCUAUGAAUUCCAUGCUAUUUGUAUAUACAUUUUCCAUGGUGA